AUGAAGCAGACAUCGGAGGAGUUGCAGCGGGAAAACGGUCAGCUCAAGCACAUUUUCACCAGCAUUUCGAAGGCACCAGAGACGGAAGCUUUCGAGGCAUUGCGGAGGGUAGGGGCACAAGGCGACAACCCGCUACUUGCCCUCGAGGCCGUCGUUGACGCCGGUUUUCUCCGCCAACCCAUAACGACCAUCGAUGGGGAGGUCAAGCGCAUCGACAACGAAGCGUUAGCGGAGAGCCGGCACAAGUUGCCUGCGAAACCAUGGACUUCAGUUGCCGGGGAUGGGUUAGUGUCACAUCUCAUCUCGGAUUAUUUGAGUCGUGAUGAGCAGGAUCCCUUUGUCCACUGUCUGCUGCUUUUGGAUUCGGAGCUCUUUUUGAGGGAUAUGAAGCGGGGCGAUUUGGCAAAUAGCCAGUUUUGUUCGCCUUUUCUCGUCAACACCAUCUGUGGGUUGCGUUCGUUAUUUUCCGAGAGAGUCAGGCAUAUCAAUGCAGCUACAGGGACAGACCUCACCAAACGCUUCGCGGCCGAAGCAAAGAAGCACUUCGAGACCGAGGCGGACAAGCGCCGCGUCACCACCCUCCAAUCACUGUACUACUUCUUCCUCUUCACAUGUCAUCUGAGCACGAAUCGAGCGGGGUCACUUUACCGUCUCGCCGCUCUCGACUACAUUCAAAACUCAGACGUGGAGAAGGUGGUGCUCAUGAAGCCCCGCAGCUCCAACCCCGAGGAUGCCAAUAAGCGCCGGGCUUUGUUCAAGACCUAUUGGGCCAUCUUUAACUUUGAGUGCAUCCUCUGCAGUACUUACCUCAAGGCUCCAGCCAUCAAAGGCCUCCCGCUUACCCCUCUGCCCUCAUAUGGACCGGACACCAUUUUAAACCCGGUCAACGCCCUGUCACUUCUGCCUCCCCCGAAUUCCUUUCCCAGUGUGAACGAGAUAUCUCACCUGCAGUACCGCGCCAUGUCCUACAACAUGAAGCCGCAGAUGCCGGUCGGAGAAGAGCCUGACUUAGUGCCUCGUAGACACCUUCUCUAUGAGCUCAGCCAACUGGAAGGCAGGCUAAUUCCGGUGCCGCAUGACGUGUACACCGAGGACAGCAUAGUCAUUCAAACAAAAGUCUACCUCGACAUGGUAGCCUACAAUGUUCUCCGGCCACUGCCUUCCAUGACCACGAUUCACGUAGGCGAUACCAUAACCACUGCGAGGGCCCACCUUCUCGCCCUGGCUACGACCGACAUCACCUUGAUGCACACCUACCUCACGAAACGCGCCACUCCACAGUAUUCUCCCGCCAUCGUCAUCCCACUGUGGUCUGCUGUCUUCACCUUCAUCCCGUUUCUCGACGACAUAUCCACUCACGCCGCGUUCACCAGCGGCUGUGCCCUCUUACACAACUUUGAGCGCAACAUGCAUGGUAUCAGGACGUUCCGCCGUGGCGUCCUAGCGGUGGCUUGGAGGAUCGGAAUGCCGCUGCCACAAUCAGCCUUGCAGUAUCUGGAGGGACUGGAGGACGAGGUGCGGACUGGCCAGGUGGAGUUGAGGGAGGUGCCCGUCGACUUCGUAAUCGCUUUGCCGAGGGAGGUCUUGACCCGGGUCCUAGGGAAAGAAGGGGAAAAUGCUGGAGGGUUGGAUUUGGGAGCGGUAUUGGGAGAGUGGGGAGAAGAGUUAUUGCGGACCAAACCGCCUUUUAAAGAGGAAAAUUUUUGA